CACCACAUACUGCCGGCACAGUGGGACGAACAUCGUGAGAGUUUGAACGUUCUCCUGUCGGGAAGAGGAGGAGCAGAGCAGAAGUGUGAAACAGAUCAACUGCAGGUGGAGAGCAGCUUGUAAACCGUCAUGGCUCCCAGCUUGUCACAGGCAUACAGGAGGAGGUGGUGGAUGGCCAUCACAGCCAUCGUAGAGAACCUGCUGUUCUCUGCUGUGCUGCUGGGCUGGGCCUCGCUGCUCAUCAUGCUGAAGAAGGAAGGCUUCUAUUCUCACCUUUGCCCUGGAAACGAGACUGCGGACACGAAUGCGACUUUCAUGCAGGGCAACGAUUGGAAGAGUUGUGUGGAACAAGAGGAGAUACUGAAUCUCGGCUUCACCAUCGGAUCCUUCCUCUUGAGCGCAGCCACAUUACCCCUGGGGAUCUUGAUGGACAAAUAUGGGCCACGACCACUGAGACUCAUUGGCAGUUCAUGUUUCGCAGCCUCCUGCGCCAUAAUAGCUGCUGCUGCGUAUGACCCUGAAGUCCUGUCGGGCCUCAUCUUCCUGGCUGUGUCCUUGAAUGGUUUUGGAGGAAUCUGCCUGACCUUCACUUCACUCACACUGCCGAACAUGUUUGGGAACAUUCGAUCAACCAUCCUCUCCCUGAUGAUUGGCUCCUAUGCUUCUUCAGCUGUCACCUUCCCCGGUGUCAAGGUGAUUUAUGACCUUGGCGUCUCUUUCCGGGUCAUCAUGUGGGUCUGGGCUGGAAUGGCGUGCACUGUGAUCCUAAACUGCUUCCUGAACUGGCCCACUGAAUCUUUCCCUGCACCCGAAGACAUCAGAUACACUAAAAGGGUGAAGAUAAGUGGGGUUGUGACAGAGGACAGCGUGACCGGGGACAGGAAUAUCACCCACAUGACUGCAAUGGAAGACACAAUGGGAUCCAGACAGACAGUACCUGAGCACACAGACCCCCACAGCACAGCCCAAGCGUCUGUGCCGCUCUGUCAUUCUGUGUGUUCUCCCAUAUUCCUGUGGAGUGUUAUCACCAUGGCGAUGACACAGCUGAGGCUCAUCUUCUUCAUGGGUGCUAUGAAUAAGAUGAUGGAGUUCCUAGUCACCCACGGCGACCCCAACCCCUCUGAGGAGCUACAGAAGGAGGUGGAAAAACAAGUUGGAUUCUACUCAUCUGUCUUCGGUACGAUGCAGCUGCUGUGUCUACUGACCUGUCCGUUGAUUGGCUACAUCAUGGACUGGAGGAUGAAGGACUGUGAAGAGGAAAGUCCAAACACACAAACAGACAAUUGCCAACUGAAUGCCUCAAAGAGGAACAGGAAGAUCCAGAAACUCACUAAUGCCAUGAGAGCUUUCAUCUUCACCAACCUCCUGUUGGUCACCUUUGGCAUCACAUCCCUGAUAGACAAUUUGCCCUUACAGAUGGUGUCAUUCAUUCUGCAUACCAUAGUAAGAGGAUUUGUUCACUCCUGCUGUGGAGGUCUCUAUGCUGCUGUAUAUCCAGCCAACCACUUCGGGACACUGACAGGUAUGCAGUCAAUGAUCAGUGCUGCGUUUGCCCUGCUUCAACAACCACUGUUCAUAUUGAUGGUGGGACCCCUCAGUGGAAAUCCUUACUGGAUCAAUCUGGGCCUUCUCAUCUUCUCCCUUGCUGGCUUCCUGUUGCCAGGCUACCUGUUCUAUCACCGGAGAAACCUGAUCAGGGCAAAGGCAGAACACGAUAGGACAGCUGCCGGCCAAUCGAAGACUGAAAAUGUUGCUCUAACCCAGUCAUUCGGUGGAACUGCUAAGACCCUAGCCAAUGGGGAUGCAGCUAAUGAACUCAUGCCAAAUGGUGUUUAAGAUGAAAUGAAUAACUUAGUAAGUAGUUUGCUCAUUUUUGAGGAUAUAAAUCAAACUUGAUUAUGAAAAGGACAACACACACAAACCAAAGAAAACAUAUAUUUCAAAAAAUAACAUCCUGCAUUACUCCGUGAGUGAGAAUAAGAGUUGGCUGUGACGAACGGCUUGUUCAGAAGAGCUUCAAUCCCCCAUAUGACCCUGGAAAUAUGUGGGAAACAUCCUGUAUCCUUUCAUCCUGUUCACCACAUGCAGCAGUUUUAUGAGAACAUUUCCAGCUGUAGUUUAAACUGUGACGGUGGUCUGUGGGCUUGUGCUUACAAAGCAAUGCAAGUGUAGAAAUUCAAGCAAGCGUGCAGAUAUGAAAUGCUUAUUACACAAGUUAUGAGCUUGUUUGGUUUGUUUAAAUAUUCUAGUUAUUUAAAGUGGGUUUAAAGUCACUUGUUUCCUGGUAACUGAGGACAAUUAUGGACAAUAUUGUUACGAUCUUGAGAAAAUAAUUUAUGUUAAUGGUAAUAUGGAAAAAGAACUGUUGAUAGUUCACAAACGUUAUUUUCAGAAUUAUAAACUUCUGCUGCUGCCACUGUGUAACGUGGUUUGACACAGUAAACUGUUACAGAGCUCUUGACCAAUCACAUUAGGGCGCCUGUUCCUCUGAGGUCCCGCCCUCCAACCUUGUGGUCGGGUUGAUUUGAGUGAGCAGAAUUUAGUUUCAACAACAGUUCCUUGCGUGAGCUUGAAUUCACUGCAGCACUCGCAUGCAUGAUGGCGUCUUUGUGUGUGUGGCUGCUGACUCUCUGCACACAGACUGCUGAACUUACGCACAAGAAAUGUCAUUGCAUCAUUGCAGUGAGCACCUGUGCCCAUGAAAGAUGACCUUGUAAACACAGGUGGGUGGUGCUUUCAUGCUCACAGCCAAACGUGUGUGCUUGUGAUGACCAUAUUAGGGACCUGCCCUCUCUGUGACAUCAUACAGGUUGGAGAGUAGAAAAAACUGUAGAAGAAAAGUGUUUAGAGCAUCCUGCAGUCGAAGCUUUUGGCUUACAGAGAUUACUUGUGCAUUUGCUGAGCUCAUUAUUUGAAACAUUAGCCAGGUUUAGCAUGAGCAUGCACAUUUCAUUGUCCCCUUAGGCUAGGAGGUUUGGAGGAAGUCAGUACCACUGCAAAGAACAGGGUCUAGUUAAAUUCCAGAGAAAUUAAUUUUGAAGACAUAAAUGUCUGUGCUCUGGGCUUUAGUUAUAUUUAAAAUACAGACAUUUGAGGUUAUGGCUUGAAGCACUGAAGGCUAGUCAUGGCCGAAGUACUUCUGUGCUAACAUUACAUGCUGGAAACAAUUAUGACAUGUGACAAAAUGUCACAUGUCAGAUGACUAAUCUGUUGAAUCUUUGCGAUUGUUUGACUGUAACAUCUGAGUUACACAAAGCCAACCCUCGCCCUGUGCCUAAGAGCAGGCCAGAGCUGACCUGGUGAGUGCUCAGCCCUUAGGGACUUGGCAGUUCCUUUGUUCCAUCAGCUUGGAGAACUUCCUUCAGUUCUUCUGUGGAUUUGUUAGUGUCUUAUUUUUAUGAAGUGAGAGUAACAGAAUUCAUGAAAAUAACUUUCACGCUGUUAGAAGAUCAUCUUCAGCAUAAUUAAGUCAUUUUUUAUAGACGAGUUUUUGCUCGAAGUGGAGAAAUCGUUCUCUUAGCUGAUGUUUCCUAAAUGAAUCGAGGAUUGACCAGUCGGCACUUCCUUAUGUUGAAGUAGCUACUGCUGGCUCUAACAUGAAAGCAGCAGGAUUAAAUAAUGUGUAUGAAUCACUGACAAUCAUCCCACACUGGGUAUAAAAGCAAUAGCUUGUCUCUGACUGCCAGAUGGCAGCUUGUAACUAGGAUGGCUUCAUCUUACCUUUUAAACGUGAGUGAAGUUUAUGUUCUUUACUUUGAGCACACACAGGUGUGGAAACGUGUGAAACAUAAAUAUUUUGUUUCAGUAUGGUCACUUCAUCAAAUCCUAGGACCAAGGACCAAGUGUAACUGUAGUGUCGGUUUGGUUAACCGAUGCAGGUACGGGGAUUUGCUUUCCCCUUGUUUCCUCAUCGUUAUUCAUAUUUCCUAAUCCUUAAAUGCGGACAGGUUGCGAACACAUUGCCAUUAGUGAAUGAGUCUUUGUCAAUGAGCACAACUCAAAGGACACGACUGGCUGCCAGUUUGUUGUGUAUUUCUGUAGAACAUGAAGGCUGUUGAGUGCAUAUGUAAUAACUGAAUGUGAACUUCUACCCAUGUAAACAGCUGCAGAUGUGUGAUCUUCAACUAUUUACCACAGUUAACUCUUCUAUUAUCAGAAACUGUUGUUGUAAUACUCAGCAUGUCACAAAAACUUAUCCUGAGAAUAAUUUUCAACCCAGUUGGUAUUAUGAUUUCCUGCUGCAAAGACAAAGGUUGUGGGGAGAAAUAAACUGUUAGCUGUUGUACCCUGUUA